CCGUGACGCCCCGCCCCGCCCCUUCCCUCGCCGUAAAGAAAACCGAACCAAAGUCUUGGCGCUCUCGAAGUUUCCGUGGCGUCGCCAAGAUGGCGGAGUCGGCGGGGCUGGGCGCGUUGCGGCUGCCGGACGGAGACGUCGAAGGAGACCCCGCCGGAGCCGCGCAGAAGCUGACAGCGGCUUUAGAACAGAAGCCAGAUGAUGCAGAGAAUUACUGUCAACGAGCUUUUGCUCACAUUCUUCUACAAAAUUACCAUGAUGCCAUUGCAGAUGCAAAGAAGUCACUAUCACUUGAUGCCAGUAAUGCUGUAGCCUUUCUCAGACAAGGGGUAGGUGAAUACCAUAUGAAAGACUAUGAUUCUGCACUGAAGUCUUUCAGGGAAGGACAACAACUGGAUAGUACUGACACAGCUUUUACUAUUUGGAUUCAAAGAUGUGAGGAAGCCAUCAAUGCUGGAUUGCAGAAUGAGGUGGAUGACAAUCAGAUUUUGCAACAUCAGUCAAAACCACCUAAGAUCAAGCAUGACUGGUACCAAACAGAAUCUCAUGUAAUUGUAACUAUUAUGAUCAAAAACGCAAAGAAGGAUGAUGUAAACAUACAGUUUUCAGAAAAAGAGCUAGAUGUAUUCGUGAGGCUUUCGUCAGAGGAAGACUACAACUUAAAGCUUCAUUUUCUUCAUUCCAUAGUUCCAGAACAAAGUACAUUCAAAGUUCUUUCAACCAAGAUUGAAAUAAAAAUGAAGAAACCAGAAGCUGUACGAUGGGAGAAAUUGGAAGGCCAUGGAGGCUCUCCUAAACUAAAACAAUUUGCGCCUGUUUCAGAUGCAACACACCUUUAUCCUUCAUCUUCUCAUUAUACAAGGAAUUGGGACAAAUUAGUAGUUGAGAUCAAAGAAGAAGAGAAGAAUGAAAAGUUGGAGGGGGAUGCAGCUUUAAAUAAACUGUUCCAGCAGAUAUACUCUGAUGGCACAGAUGAAGUGAAACGUGCCAUGAACAAAUCUUUUAUGGAGUCUGGUGGGACAGUUUUGAGCACAAACUGGUCUGAUGUGGGUAAAAGGAAAGUAGAAGUCAAUCCUCCAGAUGACAUGGAAUGGAAAAAAUUCUAACUUUUUCAUGUGCCGCUUUGUGCUGCCCAUAUUUGUGUAUUUACCAUUGUGUGUGGACACAGCAUCCUUGAAGCUGAAGCACUGAAUGUUCAUUUGAAGAUUAUUCCUGUCAUCUUACCUUGAUAUGCUCUAGGAAUACCUUUCUCUGCAGGUCUUAGAGGAAUUGAAGUCUCUUACUGCUUCUGUCCUUGAAGGGGUUUUGGGGGGAGAUAAUACGAACCUAUCAUUCGUACAUUUUCUGCUGGAUUGCUCAGUUAUGUAUUUGGAGAGUUAGCAAGACUUUUAAUGGGCCACCUAGGAUUAUUGCCUUAUUAAUACACAAAAUUCUUUAAAUAAUUUAUUCGCUUUGGUGAUUUUGGGGGUAAAUACACUUUUCACCUACAGUGUUAAGAUUGUUUGCUGUUUAACUCUGCAUACAAAUAAAACUGUAAAUAUAUAACUUUUCCAAAAAUAUCUUAGGCUCAUUCUUUGUCAAACUAAAAUAGUUGCAGAAAGCAAAUUUGCAUUUUUUGAGUUACGUAGCCUGUGGAUAGGCCUCCUCUGUGCUAAAAUUAGGAUCUUAGUACAGUGGUACCUCAGUUUAAGAACAGUCCGGUUUACGAACUCUGCAAAACCGGAAUUGGUGUCCUGGUUUGUGAACUUUACCUUGGUCUAAGAAUGGAAGCCAAAUGGUGGAAGGGUGGCAGGAGGCCUCAUCAGGGAAAGCGCGCCUCGGAUUAAGAACGGGUUCAGUUUAAGAACGGACUUCCGGAACGGAUUAAGUUUGUAAACUGAGGUACCACUGUACCUCAUUCGAUUUACAAUAAAAGUAACAUACAUUGCUCUAUAGGCAUUAUACAUAGUGUAUUUUUAUAAUAUAAUAGAAAUAAAAAGAAUAAGCACGUAACAAGAGGCUAACCACCAUAUCAUAACCACCGUAUAUGAUAUCUAUCCCGCAAGCCCACACUGCUGUCCUCCCAUGCAAUCACAUGGAACGGCAUUGAGUUUCACCUUCCUUCCAUCUUGACUUAUUACUGUGGGUGAACCAGGGUUCAUCUCUUAUAAUAAAAGUGGGUCAGUUUCACAACAAGCCAAGUUCAGACUAUGAGUUAUGUUUGAUAGGGGAACGGACUCCCUCGGGAGGUGGUGGACUCUCCUUCCUUGGAGGUUUGUAAGCAGAGGCUGCAUGGCCAUCUGUCUUGGAUGCUUUAGCUGAAAUUCCUGCAUUGCAGAGGGUUGGACUAGAUGACCCUUGGGGCCCCUCCAAACUUUACAAAGCAUUUUGAAGCUGUUUUGUUACACUAACCAGAGUUUGUUAUAUCCCAUAGCUCAAUAAUAAGCCAAGGUUCAAUGAAAGCAAAACUAAACACUUGCUUUAACGGUCUGCCUCAUGGGAAUCCUUUGAAGCAAGAGGAUGUUCAGAUUGUACAGGGUCCAGGGUGGGGGCAGGAUAGAAAAAUGCACAGUGAGUGUGUUGAAGCCCUUGGGGACAAAUGGCACAUUGUGUCUUAGGCUCUGGUAUCAUUCCCUUUCCCAAGAUCAAACUUCAGCCCCAAAGGUGUUCUGUUAAUUUCCUAGACUGGGAAAGUGAAUUGAGAGUCCUGUCCCCCCACUGCUGCCCUCGGACUAUGUACAGUUUUGUUUUGUCCCUCUGUUACCUCUGGUCAAACAGGUUUGGCAGUGUUUUGAAACAGAACACACAUCUCCAGAACCUGUUUACCACUAGGGAAAGCAGAAUGAGUCUAUGCAUUGUGAACAGAAAAAUCUCUUUCAAAUCAUCUGCAACUGUCUGAGGGGCAGGGACACACACAGGUUGUUGGGGUUUGGGGGGGGAUUGUUGCUGUUGAUUUUUUGUAUAUUUUAGAUUUUUUUAUUUAUGUGGAAAUCGUUCAGUUUGAUUUUGUAUUAUGUUUUAGUUACUGCUUACAGCUACUUUUGUUAUGUUUUGGGGGUUUUUUCAUGUUGUAAGCUGCCUUGAGCAUGGUUUGAGCAUGGAAAGGUGGCCUACAAAUAAAAUUAUGUACAUAUGUAUGGAUGGAUGUUCUAAUUCAGUUGUAUCCUUUUUUGAGAUCUAGUCAGUUCAUUACAAAUAUAAGUCCAAUGAGGCAUUAAGCAUUU